CUCGGGCCGGCCCGCCAUGCGUUGGGGGCUGUGCCCUCUUGGGCCCGGGCCUGCGGCCGUGGCCCGGAGUUGGGGGCUUCUCCGCCUUCCCUGUAGGCCGGGGUGGCGAGGGAGGACGAGGGGACCUCUGGUGCGAUCAGUCACCGGGGCCAGUAGCCAGCUGCCGAGCUCGAGUAAUGGCAGGUACCGGGACACGGUGCUGCUGCCGCAGACCAGCUUCCCCAUGAAGCUGCUGGGCCGCCAGCAGCCGGACACGGAGCUGGACAUCCAGCAGAAAUGUGGAUUUUCAGAACUUUACUCAUGGCAAAGAGAAAGAAAAGUGAAGACAGAAUUUUGUCUUCAUGACGGACCUCCUUAUGCAAAUGGUGACCCUCAUGUUGGACAUGCUUUAAAUAAGAUUUUGAAAGAUAUAGCCAAUCGAUACUAUAUGAUGAGAGGUUCCAAAAUACAUUUCGUGCCAGGCUGGGAUUGUCAUGGGUUACCCAUUGAAAUAAAAGCAUUAUCAGAACUUGGUGGAAAAACUCAGAAUCUUUCAGCUGUGGAAAUUAGGGAGAAAGAAUUCACCAAGUUUGUUGCUCAUGGACAUGCUAAAGCAGCAAUUGAGAAACAGAGAUCAGCCUUCAUUCGCUGGGGCAUAAUGGCAGAUUGGAAUAACUCCUACUAUACAUUUGAUGGAAGAUAUGAGGCCAAGCAGUUGAGAAUUUUCUACCAAAUGUUCGAUAAGGGCUUGAUUUAUCGAUCUUACAAACCUGUGUUUUGGUCUCCCUCAUCAAGGACUGCCUUGGCCGAAGCGGAACUGGAGUAUAAUCCCAAGCAUGUCAGUCGCUCAAUAUAUGUAAAGUUUCCUCUCUUGAAACCCUCUCCUAAGUUGGCAUCUCUUAUAGAGGGUUCAUCUCCUGUUAGUUUUUUAAUCUGGACCACACAGCCUUGGACAAUUCCAGCCAAUCAGGCUGUUUGUUACAUGCCAGAUGCAAAAUAUGCUCUUGUGAAAUGCUCCACAUCCGAAGAUCUCUACAUACUGGCUGCAGAUAAAGUAACACCUGUGGCUUCUACUUUGAAAACAGCAUUUGAGGUUAUUUCGACGUUUUCAGGUGCCGAUUUGGAAAAUGGAACUUGUACUCAUCCCUUAACGCCUGAUAAAGCCUCGCCCCUCUUACCUGCCAAUCACGUGACCAUGGCAAAAGGAACAGGGUUGGUGCACACGGCCCCAGCUCACGGCAUGGAGGAUUAUAGCGUGGCUUCUCAACACAACCUGUCCACGGAUUGUCUGGUGGACGAAGAUGGAGUCUUUAAAGCUGCCGCAGGUCCGGAACUUGAGAACAAGGCUGUCCUUGAGGAGGGGACCGAUGCGGUUAUAAAGAUGCUUCAGGCCGCAAAGAAUUUGUUGAAAGAGGAGGAAUUGCUCCACAGCUAUCCCUACGACUGGAGGACCAAGAAACCGGUGGUUAUUCGUGCCAGCAAGCAGUGGUUUGUGAACAUCGCGGACCUGAAGGCCACGGCCAAGGAAUUGUUAAAAAAAGUGAAAUUUAUUCCCGGAUCGGCCCAGAAUGCCAUGGUCGAAAUGAUGGACAGGCGGCCGUAUUGGUGUAUAUCACGGCAGAGAGCUUGGGGCGUUCCGAUCCCUGUGUUUCAUCAUAAGACGAAAGAUGAAUUCCUGAUCAACAGCCAGACCGUUGAGCAUAUUAUUAAACUAGUGGAACAACAUGGCAGUGACGUGUGGUGGACGCUGCCUCCUGAGCAACUUCUUCCAGAAGAAGUCUUAUCGCAGGUUGGCGGUCCCGAUGCCUUGGAGUAUGUGCCAGGCCAGGAUAUUCUGGACAUCUGGUUCGAUAGUGGAACUUCAUGGUCUUACGUUCUUCCAGGUGCCGACCAAAGGGCGGAUCUGUACCUGGAAGGAAAAGACCAGCUCGGCGGUUGGUUCCAGUCUUCCUUGUUAACAAGCGUGGCGGUGAGGAAGAAAGCACCUUUUAAGACAGUGGUGGUUCAUGGAUUUACCCUCGGAGAAAAGGGAGAAAAGAUGUCCAAGUCUCUUGGGAAUGUCAUCGAUCCCGACGUCGUCAUCAAUGGAGGACAAGACCCAAACAGAGAGCCUCCUUACGGUGCUGACGUCCUUCGCUGGUGGGUGGCCGAGUCCAACGUCUUCACGGAAGUGACCAUUAGUUCUUCUGUGCUUAACGCUGCCAGAGAUGAUAUCAGCAAGCUUAGGAAUACACUCCGCUUUCUUUUGGGAAACGUGGCCGGCUUCAACCCGGAGACAGAUUCCGUCCCUGUGGAGGACAUGUAUGUCAUAGACCAGUACAUGCUGCACUUGCUCCAGGACCUGGCCAACAAGGUUACCGAUUCCUACAAACAGUACGAUUUUGGGAAAGUCGUUCGGCUGCUGCGAGCCUUUUACACCAGAGAACUCUCUAACUUUUACUUCAGCAUAAUCAAAGACAGGCUCUACUGUGAAAACGCGGAUGAUCCCAAACGGCGCUCUUGCCAGACUGCGCUGGCCGAAAUUCUGGAUGUCGUCGUUCGUUCCUUUGCUCCUAUUCUUCCUCACUUGGCCGAAGAGGUUUUCCAGCACAUACCGUAUCUCAAGGAGCCCAGGAGCGUGUUCCGCAGCGGGUGGAUCCGCACGAGUUCCAUCUGGAAGAAGCCGGGCCUGGUGGAGGCCGUGGAGAGCGCGUGCGCCAUGAGGGACGCGUUUCUGGGGAGCAUCCCCGGCCAGAGCGCGGCCGCGUACAGCGUCGUCAUUGUCAUAGAGCCCGGGCUGCUGUUCGAGAUAAUAGAGAUGCUACAAGCUGAGGAGACGUCCAGCACCUCUCAGCUGAAUGAGUUAAUGAUGGCCUCCCAGACGACUCUCCUCUCCCAGGAGCCCCGAGAGCGAGCCGCAGAUGCGAUCGAGCUCACAGGGACCUUCCUCAUCAAUUUAGAAGGUGGCGAUAUUCGUGAAGAGUCUUCAUAUAAGGUGAUCGUCACGCCAACUACCAAAGAAAAAUGCCCUCGCUGCUGGAAGUACACAGCCGAGUCCUCAGAGGCCCCCUGUCCCCGGUGCGCAGACGUCCUGGGUGGCAAGUAGUACCUCCCCCUAGUGGUGACAGCGAGCCCGGCAGGCCCCGCCGUACCGGCCGGGGUGACGGACGGUUGGUUUACAAGCCUGGAAGGAGAUCCAAGGUCUAGGUAAUGAGUGGGAGCGUAAGGGGUGGAGGGUGAGCGUCCAAGUAAGAAUUAUAAGAUUUUCCUGUAACUAGAUAAAAAAUGUGUACAUACACACGUGCAGAGACACACAUGUGCAGACGGACAGCCACGUAUCCGUGAUGGACUCAUGCAGAACAGACUCAACACGCUUGCCCUCAAACGGGCUGAGCAGAAAAUCUUUUAUAUCUUACAAAUAUUGUUUUAGUAUUUAAGUUCUAUAAUAUCUAAAAAAUAAAGGCAUUCUAGAAAGUUA